UUCUCUCCUCUGCCGCCAUACCUUCCUCUUCCGCGCUUCUCGUCCAUUUAUGCCUGAGCUCCUCUGCCGCCAUACCUUCCACGUUAUCUGCCCUAGCAGCAGCUUCGCUCCACGCUCCUCGUCCGUUUCUGCCCGCGCUCCUCUGCCGCCAUACCUUCCACGUUAUCUGCCCUAGCAGCAGCUUCGCUCUGCGCUCCUCGUCCGUUUGUGCCUGAGCUCCCAUCCAUGCCGCUGAUGUAAAUUCCGUUACCACUCACAAAGAUAAUGUGGUUGGCCACCCUCUUGAACUUCAAAAACCUCCACCUUAGGCUCAACAAUCUGACUCAACUUCAGAGGGAUGACAUCGUGAGCUUCCUUCGCUUAACAUUGUUCCUAGUGCUUUUGUUAAGAUUCUUGGCUUGCUACCUUUUAGUCAAAUUCAUCCCGAUCAUAUUUAUGAUCAUACACAGUUUUUGGUCUGAUUGCAUUUUGAUCUUCUGAAGAUUUGCUUCAUGUUUUCUCAAAUCUGUCAAGAAAUAUCAAUUUCAUUGAACAUACACGCAUUGUUGGUUGGAAACUGAACCAAAGAGCAAGACCCAUCAUUAUUGACCCUGCUCUUUACUUAUCAAAGAAAUCUGAUUUAGCAUUGACUACUCAACGAAGAACACUUCCGACGUCUUUUAAACUGUUUACUGGCUCAGCUUGGGUUGUACUGACUCGGUCCUUUGUGGAGUAUUGUAUACGGGGAUGGGAUAACUUUCCACGGACUAUGCUAAUGUAUUACACAAAGGCCCAACCUCAUCUGUGGUACCCACCCUGUCCUAUAACAACGUUUGGGAACAACAAAGAAUCUAAGUAAAAGACUAAAGUUAGGGAUUAUUAGACAAACAUAGGUAGUAUAAAUACAAGCAUUGUACAAAAAUCCACAAACCUGAUCCCACAAAUUUGUAAUUACUAGAAUGAUGAGUUCCCCAGUUAAAUAACAACAACAAAACCAAAAAUGUAUAAUAGUAAUAGACUAGCUUAUUAUGAAAGAGAGGGCUUCAACAACCAACCAAACACUAGGAGAGGUAAAAAAAAAGACAUUGGAUAAACAGGAGCACCUCUGGGAGCUCAGCCGUGCAUUAGCCGUUUUAGCAUCAGCAUCUUCAGUGAGCAGGGAACGUGAAGAGUUUUUGAGGCUUGUUAGAAAGGAGGAUGUUGAUGUGACAGAAUGGAAAGGGGACAUUCUGGCAGUGGGUGUUACAGAGAAAGAUUUGGCUAGAGAUGCAAACUCGAAGUUUGAGAAUGUGAUUUUGAGCAAGAUUGACUCAAAGUUGGGUGGCUUAUUAGCUGAAGCCUCUUCUGAAGAGGAUUUCUCUGGCAAAGUUGGUCAGUCAACUGUUCUUAGAAUUACAGGACUUGGAUCAAAGAGGGUUGGAUUGAUUGGUCUUGGUCAGUCACCUUCCACUCCUUCACCUUUUAAGGGUCUUGGCGAUGCCGUUGUGGAGGCUGCCAAGUCUUCUCAAGAAAGCAGUGCUGCUGUCGUUCUUGCCUCUUCUGAAGGACUGUCUGCUCAAUCAAAGCUUAGCACUGCUUAUGCAAUUGCUUCUGGGGCUGUGCUGGGAUUAUUUGAAGAUAAUAGAUACAAGUCAGAAGCAAAGAAAUCAACACUUAGGUCCAUUGAUAUUAUUGGUCUUGGGAUGGGACCUGAACUGGAGAAGAAACUGAAGUACGCAGGAGAUGUUUCUUCCGGAAUUAUCUUUGGAAGGGAGCUUGUAAAUUCUCCUGCUAAUGUGCUCACACCAGGGGUGUUGGCAGAAGAGGCAGCUAAGAUUGCUUCUACCUACAGUGAUGUUUUCACUGCUAAAAUAUUAAAUGCCGAGCAAUGUGCUGAAUUAAAAAUGGGAUCCUAUCUGGGUGUUGCUGCAGCCUCGGAAAAUCCUCCUCAUUUUAUCCAUCUAUGUUACAAACCUCUGAGUGGACCUGUCAAUGUCAAGUUGGCUUUAGUUGGCAAAGGUUUGACUUUUGACAGUGGUGGCUACAACAUCAAGACUGGACCUGGCUGUUCAAUUGAACUCGUGAAAUUUGAUAUGGGUGGUUCAGCAACAGUUUUAGGAACAACGAAAGCUCUUGGUCAAAUCAAACCUCUAGGGGUGGAGGUUCAUUUUAUUGUUGCAGCCUGUGAGAAUAUGAUAAGUGGAACAAGUAUGAGGCCUGGAGAUAUUGUCACAACUUCAAAUGGAAAGACUAUAGAGGUUAACAACACUGAUGCUGAAGGUAGACUUACCCUGGCAGAUGCUCUGGUAUAUGCUUGUAAUCAAGGUGUUGAAAAGAUUAUUGACUUGGCAACCUUGACUGGGGCCUGCGUUGUUGCCCUUGGACCCUCAAUUGCUGGUGUGUUUACACCCAGUGAUGACCUAGCAAAGGAAGUUUUUGAAGCUUCUGAUGUGAGUGGGGAGAAACUAUGGAGGUUGCCAUUAGGGGAAAGUUACUGGGAAACAAUGAAAUCAGGAGUUGCUGACAUGUGAACACUGGUGGUCGACAAGGUGCUGCUAUUGUGGCUGCUCUCUUCUUAAAACAGUUUGUUGAUGAAAAGGUUCAAUGGAUGCACAUUGACAUGGUUGGUCCUAUGUGAAAUGACAAGAAGCGUUCAGCAACAGGAUUUGGCAUUGCUACUUUAGUGGAAAAGCAGCAUAGCUUCUUGUACUAAUUUAUAAAUUUCCAAAAA